AUGCUGCUGCUCAUUCAACAAGCAGGAAAAAGAAGAAGAAGAAGAAGAAGAAGAAGAAGAAAAAUUAUGCAAGAGAUGGAGUCACAAGAAGGGGAGCUGCAAGAUGUAAUAACUCCCAUCGAGGAGAUAUAUUCAAGUGUGCAACCAUUCGAACUGCCUGUUGAGAAUCCACCACCAAGAGAGUGGGAUCCAAUUAGUCAUCGCUGGAGGGAACAUUCUGAGAAACUUACUAAAAUUGAUGAUAGCAAAACCUAUAGACUAGGAGGUCUUACUCUUGUUCUCAGUGCUGAAUUUCAGAUUGCUAAAGGAAGUGAUGGAACACAAGUUUUUCUUGGUCUGAGGGAUGAUGGCUUAGAAGUAGCUGUGAAACGAAUGAUUAAGUCUAAUUACCAAGUCUUAAAAAAUGAGGAGCUUUGUGAGUACACAUUAGAGGAAUAUAUUCAAGAACACUUGCCAGAUGACAUUGCUGAGACGGCUGAUGUUUUGAAGAAACUUGUGAAGGAAGUGCUCUGCAGCUUACAGGUUUUACACAGCCAAAAUACCAAAGUGCUCCACCAGGAUAUCAAAUCCCAGAAUGUUCUGAAUGACAUAAAUGGAAAAGCUAGAUUGGCUGAUUUUGGCAUAAGUCGUCGACUCAACCUAAGCCAAACCACUUUACAAACAGGCAUAGCUGGAACUAGAUUCUGGAAGGCAAAGGAAAUCAUAGAUGAGGAGAACAACAGUGGGUACAAGAGGAGUUCUGACAUUCAGGUUGCUGGGAUGUUGGUGUACUAUAUUCUCUCUAGAGGGCACCAUCCAUUUGGCAAAGAUCCAUUUUGUGAAGUCAACAUUCUACAAGGAAAUUAUUCACUGGAGCACCUGGAUGAUGAGGUGGCGAAGGAUCUUGUGGAGUGGAUGAUCAAUGAAAAUCCAAAGGAGAGACCAACUGUGGAGCAGACCCUUGCACACCCCUUUUUCUGGAACGAUGAGAGGAGACUGGAGUACCUGAAAAAAUUGGGAAAUCAGACUGAGGCUGAGAACUGUCGUAAUGCUGACGAGGAGCUCCUUUAUGCCAUUGAAAAAUACACAAAGGGGAAAACCUUUUCUGAAUGGAAAACUAAAUUGCCAUCUGAGCUUGUCCAGAAUCUGGAUGGUAAGAAGAAACCCUAUCCUGAAAACACACUGGGUCUGCUGCGAUUUGUACGCAACCUGCACGAGCAUUAUCUAGAGGAUGCAGAGAAGAUCAACCUGAUGGUGUUAUUCCCUGAUCUCUUUGGCAGUGUGUUCAGGUUUGCCAGGGAGAGUGGAUGGAACUCCAGGGCGAGUCUGAAAAAGUUCUUCAGCUUAGUUCCUCAGAUUUACUUUUUCUCUUGUCUGGAUUCAGUAUGAACGUUGAUUCUGCCUCAUGUAUGGGUCAUUCUCAUGAAAAGGUGCCUGUAAAAUAUCUGUAAAAUAUGUAUUUAUUUUUAUUAUUUCUGGAAUAUAUAGGCCUAUAUUUGUUUAUUUUAUUUUUAUUUUACUGCUGAACUUUCAGUACAAUUUUUAAUUUUUUUAUUUUCAAUGGCUGAUUCUUGAACUAUUACUACCCAGUCCUAAGUUUACAGCCAUGCGAAGAACCAUUAUUUAUUUAUUGUUACUAACCCCAAAGUAUGUCAACCUGAUCACAGUAAGUUUGGAAAUCAUGGUACUGUGGUAUCUGUUGGUUCUGUUAUUCUAUAAGCCAUUACUCAUUUUCCAUGCAGGCCUACCUUGUAAUAAUUAAUUGAUAUAUAUAUAUAUAUAUAUAUUCAGUUUUCUGAAAAUGACCAAUGUCAAUGAUUAUUACAAAAAUUGUAGAUAAUAUUGUAGAUAAUACAGUGAUUAUAUUUUUUAUGGUAUUUUCAAAUUGAGGGUUAUAGCCUCGGAGAAGGGGGUUUUAUUUACAAAUAAUCUGUUUUGUAUUGGUGGAAGAAAUAAAUAAUUGUUUUAAUAUUUCAAAACAGCAGAAUUUUUUUUAACUUUAUUUACAACUUCAUAAUCACAAUGCAGUUAUAGCUUAAAUUAUUGUAAGAAUAUU